GGCAGUCAGUACACAGCUUUCCCAUAGCUAUUGCUGGAGUGUUAGACAUCUGGGCAGUUGUUGAUCACAGUCAGCACCUGAGGACCAGGAAGCUGUUACAGAUUCUCAUGAGCUGACACACUGUAGCCAACAUGUUCUGCACCAAGCUGAAGGAUCUAAAGAUAACGGGGGAAUGUCCUUUCUCCAUGCUAACAAAAAGCCAGGGCUCGGAGGAGUGCGAUGAAGAAGUGUCCGGCAAUGGUGCAACUGCGGGACCUGUGUGCACAGAGGAGCCUGAGCUUGGUACCGCAGGAUUAAGGAAGGAAGAUGCCCCGCAAAGGAAGACCAGUAGGAGCAGGGUGUAUCUGCAUACUUUGGCAGAAAGCAUCCGCAAGUUAAUCUUCCCGGAGUUUGAUAGGCUGAAUCUAGCUCUUCAAAGAACAAUUGCAAGACAUAAACCAAAAAGUAACAGAUUGACUUGUGUUACAUUUAACCUGCAUAGUAUGCCUGUUUGUGGAAAAUCUGUAGAAAAAGAUUUUGAGAAAAUUGUCAUUAAUCAAUCAAAUGCAGCGGAUGUUCCAGUGGAACUUGUAAAUGAAACUUUGGGUGAAGAGCUCUUUAAAAUAUGCUAUGAAGAAGAUGAACAUGUUUUGGAAGUUAUAGGAGGCACCCUGAAAGACUUUUUAAAUAGCUUUAGCACACAUUUAAAACAAAGUGGCCAAACUCGAAUAUUGGAGGAAUACGGGGGACUUGAAGAAGGUUCAAUUUUGUGUCUAGAAAAAGAUCAAGACUUCUUAAAUGUUUACUAUUUCUUCCCUAAUAAUAUAACUACAUUAAUUCUACCUGGAAUAAUUAAGGCAGCGGCUUUUAUCCUUUAUGAAACUGUAGUGGAAGUUCAGCUUAUUCCUCAUGGUUUCAAUGAGGGCAACGAAUUUAUUAAGGAACCAUAUUUACUGUAUUCUGUACACAUCAAGAACACUCGACCGGCUUUAUCUCCUUGCAAACCACAGUCCUACGUUGUUGUAUCAUCCUCAAUAUUCUGCAAGACAUUUCCUUUUCAUUUUAUGUUCGACAAGGAUAUGACUAUGCUACAAAUUGGUAAUGGUGUAAAAAGAUUACUCAACAGAAGGGACAUUCCUGGAAAAUCCAACUUUGAGGAAUAUUUUGAAAUUAUUUCUCCAAAUAUAAGCAGUACUUUCAGUGGAAUUAUGACAAUGCUAAAUAUGCAGUUUGUUGUAAGUGUUAAAAGAACUGACAGUGCCAAUGACACAUGUUCAAAGGCAAUGAGCCUAAAGGGGCAAAUGAUCUAUGUUUUUGAAUCCAGUGCCAUUUUGUUCUUGGGAUCACCAUGUGUAGAUAGAUUAGAAGACUUCACAGGACGUGGGCUCUACCUCUCAGACAUUCCAAUCCACAAUGCCCUGAGGGAUGUUGUUCUGAUUGGAGAACAAGCCAGAGCACAGGAUGGAUUAAAGAAGAGGUUAGGGAAGAUUAAAUCUACCCUUGAACAUGCUCACCAAGCGCUGGAAGAGGAAAAAAAGAAGACUGUUGAUCUCUUAUGCUCAAUUUUUCCAGGUGAAGUUGCUCAGCAGCUCUGGCAGGGGCAGACAGUGCAAGCAAAGAAAUUUCAGAACGUGACAAUGCUUUUUUCAGACAUAGUGGGAUUUACAGCAAUCUGCUCUCACUGUUCGCCAAUGCAAGUUAUCACCAUGCUCAAUGAACUUUAUACGCUGUUCGAUUUUCAGUGUGGGGAGUUAGAUGUCUACAAGGUGGAAACGAUAGGUGACGCAUAUUGUGUGGCUGGAGGUUUACAUAAGGAAAGUGAGAGUCAUGCCUUUCAGGUAGCACUGAUGGCUUUGAAGAUGAUGGAACUCUCAGAAGAAGUGACAUCUCCUCAUGGAGAGCCUAUCAAGAUGCGCAUUGGUCUCCAUUCUGGUUCUGUUUUUUCGGGUGUUGUUGGAGUAAAGAUGCCUCGAUAUUGCCUUUUUGGGAAUAAUGUAACCCUUGCCAAUAAAUUUGAAUCCUGCAGUGAGCCAAGGAAGAUUAAUGUGAGCCCUACAACCUACAGUUUGCUUAAGGAUUACAAGGGAUUCAUGUUUACACCCCGAUCAAGAGAAGACCUCCCGCCAAACUUUCCCAGUGACAUUCCUGGUAUUUGUUAUUUCCUUGAUGCUUAUGACCACAACAUUCUUUCCAAGAUUUGGUGCCAAAUGAAAACUGUUGAAGAUUCCCUAUUCAGCAAAACAAAAUGACAAAAACAAAAUAUAGGUUGUUCAAUUGUUUUAUACUAGUUAUACAUAUAACAGCUGUAACAUUGACACCAAUGGUAAUGUUAUACGUCUUCCUUAAAGGACACACAAAAUGGAUUCAACUAAUAUGCAUAACUAUAUUAUAUUUAUCUAAUACAUAGAAUGUUUUAUCUUCAAGAAAUGAUGUAGAUCGAUUCUAUCAGCUAUUUAGUGUUAGUGGUGUUAGCUAUAUUUUUCUGAUAUCUAUCUGUAUAUUUGUUCGGCCUAAAGUUAACCGGCCUUAUCUGCUUUCUUUUUUUUUGUUAUUUUGAAUUGAACUGUAAAAUGGCAUCUGAGUCGCUUGUCUUCUGAAACAAAAAUGCUCUGGAGGUUUUAUAACCUGCUGCCUCAGUUAGUAACUGACAGAAUCACCUCAAUAGGAACCACAUUGUCUUUUUUUAUUUCAUUAGUUAGGGUAUAGUUUAAGUGCUUCACAACAUACUUUGUAUAUAGAAUAAAUAACCACUCAUUUAACAUUGUUUAGCCUAUUUGAAGGACAUUUAUAUUGUUCUUAAUACAACUUUUUAGAUUA